AUGAAAAAAAAAUUGAAAAGGGAAAAAAUAAAAGGUAAUGUUAACAGUAUUGUAAAUAAUAAUUUAAUAGUGGGAAAUAGGAAAAAUGAUGAAACAAAAAAAAAAAAAAAAAGUAAUUUCAUUUUCAGCAAUAUAUCAAAAAAAAACUACUGUUAUGAAACCAAUAAAAAUAAUUUAAUUUUUCUACAUUUCGCAGGGAAUGAAAGCGAGACACAGCAGAGGUUAAGAGAUAAGUCACAAGGAAUAGGCGCGGGAAUAGGUGCAGGUGUAAGUGCUGGUAUGAGCACAGGGACAAACGCGGGUAUGAACACGGGGACAAAUACAACAUACAAGUUUUACAAAAAAAUAACAAAUAAAAAUUCAAAUAAAGUACAAAAAAGUUUUCAGAGUGUUAACGCAGCGGUAAGAAAUAAAAAUAAAAGGAAGAAUUAUUACUUGUCAGAUAAUGAAGGGGUAAAAAAUAAUUUUCAAGUCAAAAAUAAAAAAAUAAAUAUUAGCAAUAAUUAUAGUACUAAUAGCAAGCAGUACUUGGGUAAUUUCAGUUCAAAUAUGUAUUAUGUUAGGACAGAUAACAAAAUUUCUUUAAAUGAGGAAGUAACCCACCAUAAACAAAGCGGUUUCAACGUCAGUAAUAAUACCAAUAGCAAUGACAAUAGUAACAACAAUGACAAUAGUAACAGCAAUGAUAACAAUAACAACAAUUACAAUAACAGCAAUGAUAACAAUAACAAUAAUAACAACAAUAACAAUUACAACAAUAACAAUAACAACAAUAACAAUAACAAUAACAACAAUUACAAUAACAACAAUAACAACAAUAACAACAAUAACAAUAACAACAAUAACAAUAACAACAAUAACAGUAAAAACAAUAACAACAAUAACAAUAUCAACAGCAGUAAUUAUAACCGCAGUAGGGACGCCUUUAGUAAUAGAGGCAAUAGGUAUAACGCGAAUUACCACAUGAACUCACCAGCUAAGGUAAACCUAGCGUACACGCAUAAAAUAUAUAAAAAUAGAAGCUGCAUUUACAUUAAUAAAUAUGUGAAAUAUAAUAGAAUUCAGCAUAGGGUAAUUGAAAAUACAAAUAUUCCAGUUCAGGAAAAUAAAAAAAAUUAUUGCAUUGAUAAUAACAAUUAUGUUAAAAGCAAUGAUGAUACCAACUUCCAGAGUAAUCAUGUAUCAUCAUGCAAUAAUGAUGCUAGCAGUAUAAAUAACAGUAACAAUGGAUAUGUUCAUUAUGAUGGGAGUACAGAGUGUAACCUUACUAACAACAAGGUGGAUUUUAAUAGUGCAUGUGACGUGAACAAGAUUCAGAGUAGUGUUCAUUAUGUAGGUAAGAAUUUUAAUAUGAGAAAGGGACAGAUACGUGCUUUGUACAGUAAUACUACAAAGGACGUUAAUGAAAACUCGGACAUGUGUGCAAAUUUAGGUAGUUAUGAUAGCAGCAAUUUUGGUAUAAACAAUAGCGAAAAAUACAAUGACAACAACAAUAGGGGCAAUAGUAAGGGUCGAAAUAGGAGCAGCCAUAAGAGCAGCAAUAGGAGCUACUAUCUGAACAAAAAUAGUAAAUUCAGAAACAACUUUACCCUGUAUAACCUGUCAAACAAAAACGAGGAGGGGGGAGGGAUUUUAGAUUACUCCAAAAAAUUAUCCCCCAGUGCAAAAGGUAAAGGUACACAACUACUGGGUAAAAAAAGCAAGAAUUUGUAUAAGAAGACUAAGACAAAGACAAAAACGAAGAAGAAGAAAAGAAAAGAAGAUGGUUUACUGUUAAGUUACUUUGAAAAAUUGAUAAGUGUUUUAUGUGAUAAAGUAGAAGAUAUAUUAUCCGUUAGUGACAAAGAGUGCAUUCGUUUAAUAAAAGAAAUUAUAGAACUACUUGAGAAUAUGAAAAGAUUGAUAGGGUUAUUAGACGAUUGUAGUGUUCACUUUAGCAUAUUUGGAAUUAUAUUAAAUGUAUAUUCCUAUUUAUGCGUAAAAUUGUUUACACAAAAUGACACUUUAAAAAUAAUUAAUUUAAAAUGUUUUGUAUUGAUGUUUGAAAUAUUGGUCAAAUUGAAAAGAAAUACCUUUAAUUUAUCUUACGUUUUUUUUUUAUAUAUAAAUUAUUUAAAAAAUAAUAUAAAUGGAAUUGAUAUAUUAAAGAAAAAAAAUGUAAAAUAUAAAAUAAAAAUAGCAAAUAAUGAUGAAAAGAUAUUUGUCAAAUUGUUAAAUUCUUUUUUAAGUCUAUUUGCUUACUGUUCUGAGAGUCAACAUAAUUUAGUACGAAUUGAAUCAGUCAAAUCGUUUUGUUACAUUCUGAAAGUGUUGUAUGAGGAGAAAAAGGAAAAAGAGGUAGGGGAAGGACGAUAUAAAAACACAGGAGAGGAAAAUAACGAUAAAAUAAACAAUCAUACAUAUGAGGAACUUCGUGAUGGAAAAAAGGACGAAAGAAGAGCUAGCAGCAAAUCCUUUUUUGUGUUUAGUAAAAACUUAAUUGUAGAUUGUUUAGUCAGCAAAAAAGGAAACUUCAUGAGAGGAUUUACAAAAAGCAAGAUGGUAUAUUUACAAAAAUAUAACUUCCAUUUUUUUAAUCGAAAUUAUGUGUACAUGCAAUUUCGCACAAAUAAUAGUAAGGAAGAGACAGAUGGAAAAGAGGGAAAGGACAUAGUACAUGAAGAAGCCCCUAUGUUAACACAUAACAAUGUAAAUGAAGAUUUUGUACCAAAAAAAGAAAACAUCAAUAUGUUCAAACGAAAUGUAAGUGAAUCUAAUAAACAGAUUGGUAAAUAUGAUAUACAUGAGAGUAGGAAAGAAGAAGACUUCAUUUUAUCAAAUGAACCAUUUAGUGAUAACGAAAAUGAAGAUAAGGAAAAAAAAAGGAAAAAUUGUGUAUUACUAACAAAUUUUGAAACUAUAUUUAAUAGUGAGCCUAAUAGUGGUUGGUUAGCUAAUAAAAUAGAUGAUGAAGAUGAAAAUAUAUUACUUUUUAUAUUUAAAAUUUUCGAAAUAUUUAUUGAUAUAUAUCAGGAUAAAGAAGUUUGCGAAAUAAUACAAAAAAGUAUUGUUUUUUUUCUAAAUCAUGUUAACCUUAAUAUAUUUAGUUAUGUAACAUAUUUAAUUAUCAAAAUUUCUUAUAUAAUCCCUAUAAAUAGAAUUUUUUUUAAUAAAUAUAUUUCAGUUCUUUUGAAAAAUUUGAAUAAAGAAAGACGUAAAUAUAUAUUUCUUAUGUUUUCUUAUAGUAUGUAUGAUAAGAAUGGUAUUAACGUUGUUUUAAAUUUGUUAUGCAAUUUAUGUUUAUACAAUUUUAAUUUUAAGACGAACACACAUCUAUUGUACUAUGAAUUUGAUGCAAAUAAUAAUUUAAAAAAUAAUAUGGACGAAUAUAACAUCCAUCCAACCAUGCAACAUAAUAAAGAAGAAAUAUAUGGUGAAGCACAAGAUUACAAUAAUAUUAAUGAGCACGAAGUUUAUAUAGUGGAUAAUAUUAUUUAUAAUAACGAGGAAUGGUGUUAUAUAUAUGCUGUAAUGAUUAUUCUAUCAUUUAGGUACUCCAGUUUGACUUAUUCCUUUUUUUUUAAUAAAUUUCGAAAAAAUUAUAUUCAAAAUUGUAAUACUUUUCCUCCUUACUUUAAUUUGUUUGAAUGGUCUUAUAAAUUUUUUUAUUACAUUUCGAAUGAGUCUUUGAAUUCUUCUUUUGAAAAAAAAUUUCGACUUAAUCCGAAUUCUAUAAAUGUUAUAAGUAGUUUGAAAGAAAAUUUGGCAUAUGACUCACAUGCAAUUAUUAAUACAGAUACUAGGAUGAACGUGAAUGAUGGAAAAAAAGAAAACAUAGAGCUAAAUAUAAUUCGAUAUACUGACAAUAAUUAUAAUUAUAGAGACAACAAUGAAACAUUUACACAUAAAGAAGAAAUUUCACUAGAGUUGCUGUUCUUUCAGACAUACGCAUUUUUGGAAUUUCCGCAUUGUGUUAAAUUAAAUAUAAGCCAUAAUGAAAGUAUUUUUUGCUAUGUAUAUAUUUUGUCCUUAUUAAAUUUAUUUUUUAAUAAAAAAAUAAAUUUUUUUGGUGAAAACUGUUUUUUUUUUAAGAAAAAUAUAUGGCAAUUACUACACGAUCAAACGAACUUAAAGACAAAUCAUUUUUUAGAGUACCUAAUUAUAUAUAAAGAUAUUAAUUUUUUUUAUAUGAACACUAGUAAUGACUUGACAGGAUUGCUGAACCGUUUAGAUGAUAUAUCUUCGGAUUAUUACAACAGAAGGAUUGCUAAGAAGCAGGCUUAUGAUGGGACCUCGACAAUAGUGAAAAGUGUAGUUGAAAAGUUGAAGAAGUUGAAUGGAAAUGCCAACAACGUGUGUGGAGAAGCGUGUGAAGAAGUUGGAGAAAAAGCGGGCGAAAAAGCGGGCGAAAAGGUUGGUAAUAAAGAUGUUGGUGAAAAACUGGGCGAUGAAGCUGUGGAAGAAGCGGGGGAAAAACAAGGUGGUGAAGGAAAAAAAUAUGAGGAGAAUUUAAAAUAUGAUAAGCAAUUGAAUAUUAUAGAAAAAGAAGAAGAGACCAGACGCAUACUAUAUUUCACACAGUCUUAUAUGAAAUAUUCUGAAAAAUUGAGUGAUAUGUUAAAUGAAAAUAUUGUCAUUAAUAUGCUUUUUUUAGCAUUUUUAAGAGAAGGUGUUGAUCAUAAUAAAAAAUAUUUUUUACACUAUAAAAAAUUUAUUCGAAAAUAUUUAAGUGAACUAACUUCUUUUCGAGUAAUACAUAAACAGAUAAUUUUGAAAGAUUUUUAUGAUAUACCUAUAAAUAAUAUACUUUUGAAAAACAUUUUUUCAGAACAGCAUAUUAGUACAAGAAAAAGCUCACAUAAUAGUAAUAUGGGGAAAUCAGUUAUUUUGCAUAAUGAGUAUAAGGGGAAAUUAUAUGAUGAUUUAAUUGCAUACUUAUCAGAUAUAGAUAAGAAGAGGAAACCUAUUUAUGAGAAUUUAUUGAAGAGGGAUAGUGGAAGAAAGUGUAAUUUGAUUGAUAUAAUUAUUGAUAAGUCUAACGCAAUAAACUCUGUUAAUAACCUAGAGUUCAGUGGAAUGUGGAAUGUGAAUAGUGGCAUGAGGAAAUAUUUAUGCAGUUCAAACGGGAAAGAAGACGAGCAAGAUAAAGAGCAAGAAGAAGGAAAAGGGUAUAACAAAUUUCGAGACGAUGGAACAAGCACGGAUGAUGAUAAUUCAUUGUUUGCAUAUAAAUUUGGUAAAAGUAGGACAAAUAACGAAAUUUGUGAUAUGGAUCAAGAUAAUAAUUUUAAUAAAUUUUAUAAAAAUCGCACACAUUUGAUCGAUUGUGUAAGUAGGAAAAUACCGAAAAUGGUUUUAUAUUUACUUAAAAAAAAUGUACAGUUUAAUUUUGUGAAAGCCAAGAUAAAAAUACAAAGGACAGAAAAAGAUAAUACAUUGAAAAUUAGAGAAAAAGUUGUAAACUUUAAAAAUAAAUUUUCAGAAUAUUUUUAUCAUAAAAAAGUUAUUAACUUAAAUCAUAAAAUAAAUAGAAAUCUGAUUGAAAUAUAUUAUUUAUUUAAUAAAAAUUAUUUUUUCUCAGAAAAUAUAUCUCAAAUUUUCCGCUUUAUUUUGAACAAAAUUUAUGAUGAAGAUGAUAUUUUAUUUAACACGUUAAGAGAACAUUUUUGUAACUUUUCGAAUAAUAAUGAAAAAGAAUUAAAUAAUUUUAAGGAUAAAAAGGAUGUUUAUUUUUUUAACAGUCUUCUUCGUAAUGGUAGAGGUAGGAAGAAGGUAAAAAUUAUAAAUGGUACGGAACAUUUCCAGCAUUUAAUAGUUGGUUUUGAUGAACUGUUUGCAAAGCGAGGAAAUAAAAAUAAUGAUGAUACACAUUCAAUUAACAUUUUAAUAAAUAAGAUAUUAAAGCUUAUUUUAAAACAUUUAAAAAAUAAAGACUUUAUAAAUUAUAAUAAAUGUGUAAAUUUUCCUUUUUUAUUCUUGUCCUUUUUUUAUGUACAAAUAAAGUUAUCAUUUGAAAUUGAUAAUUAUGAAUUUUUUGAAAAAUAUGUUGAAGAGGACUUUAAAAAAAUGUUGUUUUUUUUGCCAGAUCAUAUAACCUAUUUUUUUAGUAAUUUAUUUUUGUAUAUUGAAUAUGAAGAUAUGUUAAUUAUAAAUAGUGAAGAAGUGAACACAGAGAGUUCAAAUAAAUUAAAGAAGAGCGAAAUAAAUAAGAACAAAUUCUACCCUAAUAGUAGUAGCAAUAAUAACAUGCUGUUAACGUACAAUUUUAUGGUUGAACAUAUUCUGUCUGAAGAUUAUUCCUUGAAACACUUAAAAAGUUUAAGUAAAACAAACAAAAAAGAAACAAAAAAUUCUUUAUUUGCAAAAAGGAAAAAAUCGAAAGCAGCAAACCAUAACGUGAAGAAUGAUUCGGAUAUGGAGUUGGAUGAAAAGUAUUUAAAAAAGUACAUUGUUGAAGAGGAGGAAGGAGGAGGAAAAAUGAAGAAAAAAAAAAAAAAGGAAAACACAAAACCAUUUAGAAAAAUAAAUAAAUCAUAUUAUCAUAAGAUACAUAUCCAUGAAUGGAAAAUAAAAAACUGCAGAGAUGUAGGUAAUACAGUGGAUAAUUCUACAACACCUUUUUUUAAAAACAUUAUAAAUAUUGAAUUUAAAAAGAAUGUUAAAAUUAAUUUUGAUUACUCUUCAACUUUACCUGUUAAAUGCAAAGUUAAUUUUUGUUAUUAUAAUUUUAUGAAUAACAUAUUAUAUUUUUUUCCUCUGGCCCGGACAAAACAUAUAUAUGUUCAUCCAUCACGACAAUAA